UAGAAUAUACAAUGGGUGUUUUCUGUUAUGGAGUGAAUGGAAACAUUGGCUGCAGAAUGUACUUGUUUGUCUCCUUGUUGGCUGUUAUUUCAUCCUUAUCAGCAGAUAAGUAACCAAUGCUGUUUGCUGUGGGUAUACAGGUGCAUAUAAGUAUGCAGCAGGAAGAGCGACAGCCAUACAACACUUUCAUGCUGAAACCCCUCUAUGGAACAUUACUUUCUCUCUUACUAGAAAGGACUUGCAGCUGAAAUAAUGGCUCAGCUUUUGUUUUGCUUCUUGUUAACUUUUGCAGCUCUGGGGCCAUUUGCAUCAGAAGCAGCAGCGCCAGCAUCACUGUACAACUGGAUGUUUCUCUCGGUCAAUGAUUUCACCUGGUCCAACUGUGAUGGAAACUGGUCAGGCAACAUCAUAAGUCUAUCUGUUAGUCCCAACCCCAUUAAUAUCCCAGGGGAACUCACUAUUUCUAUAGUUCUUGAAACCACUGAAAGAUUGACUGCACCAACAAAGAUCAUCCUCACUGCCAAAAAGAAGAUACUGUUAUCAUGGAUAACCCUCCCAUGUAUUGACAACAUUGGGAGCUGCACUUACGACAACAUCUGUGAAGUUCUUGACACAUCAUUUCCUCUAGGUGAACCAUGUCCAGAGCCUCUGCACACCUACGGCAUUCCCUGCCACUGUCCCUUUGAAGCGGGUGUUUAUUCUCUCCCUGAAGCCACCUUUACUUUACCUAACGUGGAGCUACCAUCUUGGCUUACCAGUGGUGAUUACCAUGUCAAUGCAGUCAUAAUGGCAGACAACCAGAAGUUUGCCUGCGCCAACUUUACUUUCUUUCUGGGUUCCUAAUCCUGGUGAUUUUGAUGACUACCAGCCCUUCUGUGAAAAAAAAGAUCUGUAACCAUAAAAUGAUUAACCCUGUCCACCUAAUGUAAUUGACCUGAAUUCUACCACUGAUUGACUCACCCUAUAAUGGAGUUAAGGACAUGGGCCACAGCUAGUAAAUAUCUGGACUCAUGUGGCCAUCAGAUUUUAACAUUUUUUAAAGAAAUCCUUGUUCUUCAAAUCAGUCAGUAUUAAACUGUUUUUAAUAA